AUGGUUGAUUCAAUCAAUCGUGUCACAUCAGCACUACAGUCUGCUAGAGAAAUCACACUAGAUGCUGCUAACGUUGCCGCAUCCAAACUAGGGGAAUCAUCUUACAGACAAUAUUCCAAGAAUAUAACUCCAUCUCAAUUGAAAACAUUAUUAACUUCGAAAUAUACAAGUGAGGUGAAAGAUGGUCUAAAGAGAGUUCUAAGUAUUAUGGCCUCUCAUGAUGAGACAAUUGAUCCGUUACUGUACUUUGCAGACGUGGUUAAUAACAUUGUAAAUGAAGAUUUUAAAGUGAAAACAAUGGUAGCACUAUAUUUACAGAGGUAUUCUGAGCUAGAGCCAACUUUAGCUCUUUUGCCAAUAAAUUACAUUCAAAAAACAUUGAACGAUACUAAUCCACAAGUCAGAGCACUGGCCAUUAAGACUUUAUCAGAUAUUAAAAUACCUACCAUAUAUCCAAUGGUGCUUCAUACAUUAAACAAAUCAGUCUCAGAUAUAUCACCAAUUGUUAGGAACGAAGUUUGCUUUGCAUUAUUAAAACUCUAUAGAGCGAAACAAGAAGAAGUUGAGCAAGAUGUGUUGACUCUUUUGACUGAAAAUUUACUUACAGAUUCGGAUCCUCAGGUAUUAGCAUCAUCAAUAUUAUUGUUUAAAGAAUGCUUUCCAAGUAGACUAGAUAUAUUACAUGGGCAUUUUCGUUACCUGUUAGAGAUUAUGACAGAAUUGGACUCGUGGUCUCAAGUUUACCUAAUAGAAGUUUUGAUUAAAUACAGUAAGAGAUAUUUUCCAAAACCAAUGAUCAUAGAGACUAAUUCUGAUGGUGAUUUUUUUGGUGAGAGCAAAAAAAUUGAAUUACCAAAUGAAUUUGGUUUAAUUGAAUUUCAAUACUAUAAAGCUACAUAUGACAAAGAUUUAAAUGCUUUCCUAGAAACCAUCGUUAGUUUAAAAUAUAAUAACAACCCAAGUGUCAUCCUAGCGGUAACUAAUGCUUUUGUAAAUUUGUCGACACCCAAAAGGCUAGAAAAAUCAGGUAAUUUGAACUCAUUGGUUAAUACAUUUAUUAUUACAGAUAAUAAAGCCGUUAAGCUGUAUAUCUUAGAAGUUAUAUUAACCCUGGUUAGAAAGGAUAGUUCAUUAUUUCAGAGGUUCAUUAAGAAUUUCUAUCUUCUACCAUCAGAUUCUUGUGACAUUGCAACUGUUAAGCUUAAGAUACUGGCCUCGUUGGUCACCGAUAAUAACAUUAAUAAUAUUGUUAAAGAAGCUAAAUAUUAUAUUUAUACUUCUGAAGACACACAAGUUAUUACAGCUGCAGCACAUCUACUGCUUAUAGCAGGAAAUCACUCGCAAGAAUGGGAAGUAAAAAUUAUGCGAUGGUUUAUUGAAUAUUUGCAAGAUAAUCUCAUUCCUAUCUCUGUUUUGGAUUCUUUUAUUACCAUACUCUGUAGAUUGAUUUUGAACAAUCCAAAGAGACAUAUGAGAUCCGUCAUUAAAUUAUCAAAGAUGCUUGAAUCACAAAAAUAUUUGGCCGAUAAUGCAAGAGCUGGUAUGAUAUGGUUGUUUGGGGAAGUUGCCAGAAUCGAAUUAAGAAUUUGCUUAGAUAUUCUAAGAAAACUUAUUCCUGGCUUUUCCAAUGAAGGGCCUGAAACUCGUUGCCAAAUAUUAUCAUUUGCAGCCAAACUAAUAUCUUAUGAUAUUGACAAGUUUGUAACAGAAAGUGAAUCAGAUGUAGAGGAAUAUAAUUUUGCUGACUCAAAAAUAUAUCAGUUAUAUGAAGUUGUUAUAUCAUUAAGUAAAUACGAUGAAUCGGUUGAUAUUAGAGACAGAGCUAGAUUUAUUUCAUCAAUUUUUGAUUCUAAAAAGUAUAAAAUUGCAAGUUUACUAUUUCAAGCACCAAGAUCGGUGGAUCUUGGUGAUUCACAAGAACUUGACAGGUCGAGCAAUGUUGAAAAUCAAAAUAUUUUUUCUAAAUUAUUUGAAUUGGAUAAUAUACAGUGGUGGACUGGUGGAGUGGAAAACACGACAGAAUUGAGAAAUUCAAGUCCAAGAAAAGAAUAUGCUAAGUUUCAAAAGAGUUUUUCGUCAGAAGAUUAUCCAAUGAAGUCGAAGAGGGCAGCUUUAUUUGGAGAUGAAGAACCAAAAGAUGUAAAUAUUGCUAAAAGUCCAAAUACAGAAUUUAUCAGUAAUCAAGGUAAAAAAUACCAUCUUCAAAGUUUAGAUGAAUUUUUUCAGAUAUACCAGAUAAACUACAUAAACCUAGAAGAAGAGUCAUCAUUCAAGAAGAUUCGAGCAGUGAAGAACUUACCUCGUCAGAUGAAGAACAUUCCAACGAUGAGGAAGCCCUGA